AUGAGCAGCAUACAUCCUCAGAAAAAAUUGCUUCCUAUCCGGUCUGUUUAUCAGACUGCUACACGGACUCCAGUUACUUUGCCGACUGAUCUCGACGCAUUGGGGAGAUUUAAUUCAGAGCGAGAAUAUUCUCCUGGACGGUUGCGAGCAACCGAGGAAAGACUUCCGGUAGCACCUGAAAGGAAACGAAAUGGGGACACUUUUACUGAAAGACGCGAGGAGAAGCGAGUGGGGAUUCUUGGGAAAAAUGAGCAUCUGGCUGUAACUGAAGCAAAAUAUGUGGAACGAAUCGAGCAGCGGGUGAUACAACGAGAUGAUGCACUAGGGCGAUUCCGAGAAGGUGAAGUGACCACGGAGCGGGAAGUCCUCAGGAAAGAAAAUGUUGCUUUCGGUGAAAGGAGUGCCCUACGAACUGCUCCGAAAGGUUUUUUUAUCCUCUUCAACAUUAGUACUGACUUGCUCUAA